AUGACGCACGCCGACGUCACUCCGUCUCGACCUGCCCCGGCGGGCGAGCUGCUGGGAUCCUCCGCUUGUCGGCGCUGUCUGCUGGCGGGUUGGGGCGGUCUGCCUUUUGAGGAGGGUGUGUCCUGCGGAGCGAUGGCCGUUGUAUUGCCGGCGGUCGUGGAGCAGCUCUUGAGCGAAAUGGCUGCGGCGGUGCAGGAGAGUGCGCAAAUUCCUGAUGAAUAUCUGUUAUCGCUGAAGUUUCUCUUUGGCUCAUCAGCCACCCAGGCCUUGGACCUAGUUGAUCGACAAUCCAUCACCUUAAUCUCAUCACCCAGUGGAAGGCGUGUUUACCAGGUACUUGGAAGUUCUGGGAAAACAUACACAUGUUUGGCUUCUUGUCAUUACUGUUCAUGUCCUGCAUUUGCCUUCUCAGUGCUACGGAAGAGUGACAGCAUCCUGUGCAAGCAUCUCCUGGCAGUUUACCUUAGUCAGGUUAUGAGGACCUGUCAGCAGCUAAGUGUCUCCGACAAGCAGUUGACUGACAUAUUAUUGAUGGAGAAGAAACAAGAACCAUAAAAGGACAAAUGAAGGAACAGAUGAAAAAUCAUGUCCUAGAAGAAAACUACAGGUACUACCAGGGAUUUUCAGUCCAAAGAAGAAAAGACAAAAUAGGUAACAAGAGUAUUAGAAGAGAGAGC